AUGGAUACAGUAAUGAAGCCAGGACUCUCCUCAACUGGCUCGGUGCCGACUGGUGCAUCAAGUACUAAUGCGCCUGCGGUACCAGAAAACUUGGCGCAAACACCUAAGGUUCUUUCAAAAGGAGUGGAAAAUGCUAAAAAAAGACUCAGAGCAUUCUCCAUCCAGAAAAAAACACCCAUAGUACCCAUAGUUGUUCCAAAGACAUCUGGAACAGGAAGCACCACAGUUCUGAUUGGUAAACUGAGUAGUGCGAAACCAUCAGUUCCAAAGGUGGACGAUGAACUGCCUAAGCUGCCUAAACCUCCAAAGCCAGGUUCCAAUAAAAAAUCACUACAAGAUUCCUACUCAGACCUACAGAAACGUACGCUUUCUGAGAUAGAAGACAUGAAGCGUAAGAUGGAACUAGUGGAGUUGGGAAUACCCCUGGGUUUGAUAUGCCCCACAUCCACCAGCGAAAAGGCUAUGCCCACAAAAGCAAUGCCACCUAUUAAGCACUUUUUAGAUCCAGCCAAAGUCGACGAAAUUAUUCGCGAGGCGAAAAAGGCACGGGACGAAGGGAAGAAGUACAAGUUCGAUUACCAAAAGCUCUUGCCCAAAUAUGAUAACCCGUUCCAACGGAAGAAAGAUGAGGACAAAGUCAGAACACCAGACAGCCGAGGUAGGAGUGAUUACGACAGAGAUAGAGAAAAGAGGAAGAGUGAUCGAUACGACUCACGAAGGUAUUCCGAACACAGGCGCGAUGACAGAGACAAAUAUAAAAGCAAAGACAAAGAGAAAAGCAGAGAUAGAAGCAAAGACAAAAAUCACGAGAAACAUGAAGAUAGGAAAGCACUUGACAAGGAAAAGGAUAUCACAGAGACGAACGUGAAUCUAAACGACUACCUAAUCUGCGACAGUUGGUCACUGGACAAUGAGGACAAAGGUAGCUCCAGUCCAAAGGUCGAGGAUAGUAAAACGUCCAAGCCCACAACUCAAAUCAUAAGCGACACUAAGCUGAUCAAGCCCAUUCCGGAACAGGUGAGGACCAGCGUGCUGAAGAAUCAGAGCCUCCUCAAAGAGUACACAGUGGACAGUCCGAUAAGGCCGAUGAAGAUCGAGAAACUGCAGCCCGUCAUAGACUCGUUCAAGUUCGAGAUAGACCCGAACGACGAUGAGAUCGUGGAUAUAUUCGACGAGGGGCCCGGCAUCGAGAAGUACGCCGGACGCGCGAAGUGCCACUCCAUAUAUUCGCCGACGGACCUGAAAAUGUCCGAAUACACCGAGCAUGAGACCUCUAAGGACGUAACCGAAGAAGCGAACGAGGACACCUUCCUGGAGUCGGUCAUUGACGAGAUCAAGCACGAGGACAUGGGCGAGGAGCUCAGCCAGGACAAGGGCCUGGUGGAGUACGACAUGUCCCCUGCCAAGGAGGAGGCCGAUGCCCGCGCCUCCAUCACCCCCGAGCUGGACCAGGGGACGAGCGACGCCCGCAGCCAGGGGAGCGACUUCUCCGACGGCUACCGCUCUAGCGAGAGCGGCUACAGAACCGGCGACACCGCCGAGAGCGGCUACAAGUCGAUGGACAGUUUCCGGCUGUCCGUCGAGAGGGAGCUGGACGCCGGCUCGAUGUCCAGGUCGACGGUCGACUCGCUGGAGACCUGGAGUUUCGUGCUGAAGAUCUGCCAGCCGAUACUGUUCAGACACGACAAGAACAAGUGCUACAGAGAGACACGCACCUCGCCCAAACUGUGGUACACGGAGAACCCAAAGUUGUGCAACUGCGUGAAGGAUCGCAGCGUCGUCUACAAAGAGCUGAAUAUGUGCAAGAUGAACCUUGUGGACAGGGUGUACGGAUGUGACCAGAUUUCGGACGCGCCGUCCCCGAAAUGCCGCAACUGGUACCCGCGCGCCCACAUCUGCCUCUCCGAGAACUACACCGUGCCGGUGUCGACUGAGUGGGAGGGCGACGACAUCGGCCACGUCGACCACGUCGCCCACGCCGCCCGCGACGGCCACGUCGACCACAUCGGCGAUGAGGACCACGACCACGAACCGAGGAGGAGGAGGUCGAACACUCCGCAGCGCAGCGAGGAGGUUUUGCUCGAUAGGGAGUACCAGAGGUUCAUGAAAGCGGUGUGGCCUGAAGUUGCCGAGGCCAAGAUCGACACGCCGCGCAGCACUACUCCGGUGAGGCAAGAUGGGGUAAAAAAGAAAAAAGACGACGCCGAGAAGGAAGUAGAAGUUAAGAGGCCAGCGAAGAGGAUGAAGCUGAGCAGCGAGGGUUGGAGCCAGGAGUCCGAUUUGGAGGAGGAAGUUGAAAGAAGUAAAAAAAUGAAGAUCGACAAAGAGAAACUCCGCAAGAGGAAACGUUCCUCGUCCACGCUCUCGUCGUUUUCAGACAGUGAGAUUGAAGUGAAGAAGAAGAAGAAGAAAUCGUUAAAGAAAAAGGCUAUCAAGAAGUCCAAAUCGAAAUCGGCCAAAAAGCGGCGCAUCGGGAAGAAACUCUUGCGAAAGUUGAAGGAGAAGGAGAAGAAGAAGAGAAAACAAUCUAAGUUAGAAAGAACGGAUGACUCUGAUGAGGACGACGACAGCGACAAAAGAAGCAGCAAAAAGUAUAAGAAGAGAAAACAGCAGAGGUUAAGGAAGAAGAGUCUGAAGAGAAAGAAGAAAGAGGAGUCUUCGACUAGUUCCUCGUCGUCGACGUCUACCGAGAGCAGCACCGACGAAAGCGACGAUAGAUCGAAGAAGUCGAAGAAAGCGGAAACGAAGAGAAAGAAGGAGAAGAGGCGUAGGCGCAAGAAGUCCACGUCGGAGUCGGCGCAAAGCGAGGAUCUAUUCGAUGUGAACAUUUUGAACAACAUAAAGACGGAGCGUUUGACUGACGACGAAAAGUCAAAGUCACUGAUGGAGUUCUCCCCUCGGCGACAGCAGAAGCCGAGGGAGAUCAUCAACGUGAAGGAGCUGCAGAACGACUUUGUCGGCAAUAACAUACACAUCAAGAAGGAGGUAGCGGAAGUGGUCGCGAAGGAGACUGCGACCAAAGUGCGGAAAGAGAACCAGGCGCAAGAGAGUGACAUGAUAGUGGAAAUGUCUGGCGAUACGUCGGACGUGGUCGAGAUGGUGGGCGGAGAAGAGAGAAGCGAUCUAAAGAAGCCGCAGCCUGUAGAAACUGUAACGGUAGAUGUUACGUCAUCCCCUGUGCCGCUAGCCUCACCGACCCUUUCGCAGUCCGAACCAAUUGCAACCCCGCAGACCGUCCCUACCGUCCAAAACAGUGCCAACAUCGAGAUUAUACCGACCAUCCCAAUGCCCCAACCGAUUCAAAUGCCCCCUGCCAUUCAAAUGCCCCCCACUAUGCAAAUGCCUUCCACUAUUCAAAUGCCCUCCACUAUUCCGAUGCCCUCAAAUAUUCCAAUGCCCCCUUCAUCGCCUUCGAUCCCAGCGGCUAUAGUGAGAGAGACCACGGCAGAAAUGCACUCGUCAAAGUUGUCGCGCGAAGAGACAAGCUUGUCGUCCGAAGCCUCGUGCGGAGUGAAGCCUUAUGAGGGUAGCGAUAUCCCCUCGCUGCCGCCGUCGGAGAGCUCCAACUACAACUACGGCGAUGCGAUAGGCGCAAGCCAAAAUGCGCUCUACCCGAAGGCGAUAGAGCCGGUUGUCGAGUGCGAGGACAAGUUCCACGAAGGCUACCAGCAGGACUACGAGAUGUACGAGCAGCUUGCGAUGGCUUAUCAGAGCGACGUUGCGAGUCAGCAAGCGUCGCCGCCGUCGCGCGUCGGCGAGCAGCGGAUAGAGACGGUGGUCCGCGCCCGCAGCCGCGGCGAGAUCAAGUGCGACUGGCGGGCCGGCCUCUCGCCCGCACUGAUGCCGCCCUCGGCCAGACCCUCGCGCUGGGGUUUGAAGCCGGGCGAGGUGAACAUAGUGCUGACGGGAGGUGGGGACUUCGCCCCGCGCGCGCCCUCGCCCCAGCCCGUCUACAAGAUACAGAGCAUCGCCAACCGCACCGACUCCGGUACCACUAGCGGCUACGACGAGGCGUACAUGGACAUGUACGGGGCGUCCGACCGGCUGCAGUACGGCGACUGCUUCUCGGAGGGCGAGGGCGGCGAGGCGGAGGGGGUGGCGGGGGCGUUGGGGGCGGAGGGGGCGUUGGGGGCGGAGGGGGCGGAGGGAGCGGGGCGGGCGCGGGCGGAGGGGGGCGCCCCGCGCGCUCGCUCCCUCGACGCCAGGAUCGACCACGCGCUCAAGACCACCGUUCUAGGCGAGGUGGCUAAGGAAGAUGAUACUGACGACGUCAACAAAGAGGGCCCAGAGAAGGGCAUUCUGAUCAUGCCAAGCUCAGGCGAAACCGCGCGUGUUUCGAAGCGCGUGAGUUUCGCGGACGGAUAUAAGCCGGGACAAGACUCCGACUUGGAAGAUCCACCAGUGAAGAAGAGACGCAAGGUGAGGCGCGUCGGCUGCGCGUGGCCUUGCCCGGCGGGGCACCCGGACCACGUGGCGCUGUGGGACGCGCUGCCCCCUCCCCCGCCGCCGCCCGGCUCGCCCCCGCCGCCCCCCCGCCGCGCCGCGCCCCCCCUCCACCUGCUGCGCCCGCCGCCCCGCGCGCACCACUCGCCCCUCGGCAUGCCGCACAGGCUGCAGAAGCACGAUUCAAACUCCCCAAUACCGACCUUCAUACCAACGGAGCCUCCGCCCAGUCUCAACUUUCCA